AUGUGUAUUGUAGACCUGACUGAUGACGAUGGGACUCCAAACUGGGGAUUGGCCAAGAUUACCGCAGUUAAACCCCAGAACCCCAAAGAGGAGUUCCAUCUCCAUUGGUUUGGGACCUACUCCAAAGCUAAGAGCCUCGCCAAGCGGGCUUAUGCCCCAGCAUACAUCGACAGCAGGGACGAUCUUGAGAUCUAUAAGUGGAAAAAGACAAAAACCUUAGAAGAAAUGACCAUGAGGGUCCACAGGUCCGAAUUGCGAUUCUACCCGUUCAGUUUGACGAAUAAGAACGAGAUUCCAGUGAAAAUCGUUAAAGAAUUGGUUACUGAUGGAUACGCGGUGAUGUUGAUUUCAACGAUAAAUUAG